GCGAGACAAGAACAUACGCCGGCGCUAACAACAUUUCAUAUGAUGUCAACUUGAUGUUUGGUUAGUAUUAUACAAUCUACAAUAUUUACAUCAUGAAAAAGUUUAAAACUUAUGGCAAGGUUAAAGUCAAGCAAGACAUGAAAUCGGACGAUUGGGACAAAAUUAAAGAAGAAACAUCAUUAAAGGAUAAAAAUGUUUUGAUACAUAACUGGGUAUCCACUCCGAGAAGUUCUGUGUGUGAUAAAAAUACAACUCCUUCAUCUACUGAUGAUGUUGUGGAGAUUAUGGCGAAGUUAAAGAUAACAUCACAUUCGACACCUCUUUUAUCAACCCCAUGUGAUACAAGUUACACUCUGAAAUGCCGUCGAUCUUUUAAUUUUUUCACCUCGAAAAAUAACUCUUUCCGUAAAACAACUGUAAGUGCUCAUUCAACUUUGGUUUUGGAAUCAAGUUCAAGUUUUAAUAACACAUCAGCGCUCAGUACAAGCUUGUUGCUUAAUAAGGACUUAUCUUCACCAAAAUCUCCUCGCAACAAAUUAUUAGAUCUUUGCAAUCAAAAAACGAUAUCAGUUUUGAAAGAUUAUGCUGACAGAUGCUCUUUUGCGAAGAAGGUUGGCGAAGGUUCCUAUGGUGAAGUGUUUGAAAAAGUAAUAGAGAAUGGACAAUCCGUAGCCGUAAAGAUAGUACCUUUUGGCAGUGACACUUUAGUGAAUGGAUAUCCUCAAAUGAAAGAAGAAGAGAUUGUUCCCGAAAUGGUGAUUUCAAAAAGGUUGUCGUGCACAAGUGGUCAUGGAAAUGAUGAAGAAAACUUUGCAAAUGGUUUCAUUCAACUGCAUAGGUUAACCAUAUGCAAAGGGAAAUAUCCAGAAAAGUUGGUCAAAAUAUGGGAGGAAUGGAACGAAGAAGUAUAUUCUGAAAACGAUCAUCCAGAGAUCUUCGACGAAGACCAACUUUAUAUUGUAUUUGAAUCAAACUUUGGUGGGGUUGAUUUAGAAAAGCUUUCUUUAAAAACAUAUAAAGAAGCUUUUAGCAUAAUAAACCAAAUUGUGGCAGCAUUGGCUUCAGCAGAAAGUACAUGUGAAUUUGAACACAGAGACCUUCAUUGGGGAAAUAUCCUAAUACACAAGGGAAAACACGACAAAAUAAAUAUGUUGGUGGAUGAAAUACCGUAUACAAUAAACUCGUGCGGUUUAAAAGUAUCGAUAAUUGAUUUCACCAUGGCUCGUCUACUUGCAGAUGAUUGUGUUGUGUUUACAGAUUUGUCAGAUGAAAAAGUGUUAUUUGAAGGGAAAGGAGACAUUCAAUUUGAUGUAUAUCGAAAUAUGAGAAAACGUAACAAUAAUGAAUGGGAGAAGUUUUCACCCUACUCGAAUGUCUUAUGGAUACGUUACGUCAUAGAAAAGUUGAUAAGUAAACUCAGCAGGUCAACUACGACUUUAAAGAAAUUCUUAGCACGUGUAUUAGACUACGCUUCAGCAAGAGACAUACUCUACAAUGAUGAAUUGUUUAAUUUUCCUGGAAAGGUUUAAGGCCUUUUUUAUAAAAUAAAUUUUGUAUAUAUGUAAAUUACAGUAUUUCUAUUCGUGGGUGCCCAUUUUGUGAUUUUAUACUGUUAUUUGUUAUAUAAAUGAUGGGUAAAAAUGCUAUACGUAGAACGUGUUGUAGCUACCAAUUGCUGCAGCGGUAAAACCCACUUUUAAAGAUCAUUACACCGGAUUGAAUUUGUUCAUCUAUCGAUCUUUCUUGAUGUCCACUCACCGUUUCAUUAUGGCUCCUUUCUGUUAUAAAUUCCCAGGGUUUGGUUAUGACAAGCUCUUCCGCACACUUCACUGUGAUGAUGCUUUCCCUAUGCAAGUUUCAUUGGAUCAUAAUUCUUGAAUUCACAGCAUGAACGUGAGGGGCAUUGCUACGAAGUAUUGUGGUUAUAUUCUAGGUUUCAAUUAUUUAUAUUUUUUAUCAAAUCAAUAUUUUGUAAAUCUUUUAAUGGUGUAAAUUCAAAAACUUUUAA